UAGAAUGGAAUGGUAUAAGUCAUGCAAUUGGCGCGAGAAAACGAAAAUCUUAUUAUAUUGAAAUUUCAUUGGUUGGGGGUGUGCUUUUGUAUAUUUAUUUAAUUAAUAAUUAAUUUAAUAUUUAUUAACUUUUUUAUAAAGGGCAAAAAAAUGAAAACAAACAUCCUCUGCGAAAAACUGCAUUUUCUGUGUUGCUAUUCGCCCCUCUCUCUCUCUCCUCUUUCUCUCUCUUCAUUUUGAUUUCAUUGUUUCUUCUUAAUAUUGAUAAUCAUCCUUUUGACGCAUUCUCCUUCAAAGCCUGCAAUCCGAUUAUAUAUAUUUAUAAUUGCUCUUCUUCUUCAUCAUCAAUUUCAUCACCCGCCAUUUUUUGUUGUGUAUACGCAACAAAUUAAAUACAUACAUGAUACAUAUAUAUAUAAUUGGUGUGAUGUGAAGAAAAAUAUUGUUCAGAAAUGGCGUGUAUUGAUUUAAACAGCAACGGCGACGUUGCUCCGAUGAUCGGAUUGCAGGAGCCGAGUAUCGAUACCGAUAAAUUGAGCUACGAGAUUUUCUCUAUUUUGGAGAGCAAGUUUUUGUUCGGCUACGACGAUCAGAAGAUUUGGGUGCCCAAGCAAAUUUCCGAUCCUCCGCCGCCCACUGUUGCCGCCGUGGAUGAUGACGGAGGGGUUCAGGCGAUUAAGAACCAGAGGGGGAAAAUCUGCGUUCUCAGCGUCGACGGCGGCGGGAUGCGGAGCGUUACGUCGGGGAAAGCGCUGGCGUAUUUGGAGACGGCGUUGAAGGACAAGUCCGGGGAUCCCGACGCCAGAAUCGCCGAUUAUUUCGACGUCGCCGCCGGCACCGGCGUCGGCGGUAUUUUCACGGCGAUGCUGUUCGCCGCCAACGAUCAGAACCGACCGAUUUUUCACGCCGACGACACGUGGAAGUUCCUCGCGGCGGAGGGUAGGAAAUUGUACAGCAGCAGCAGCAGCUCCUCCACGAAGAAACGGAAAUCCAAGGGCGGCUUCUUCAAGUGCGUCUUCCACAAAAAAACCAGAGGCGGCGGCGGCGGCGGAGGUUUGGAGAAGGCGAUGAAGGAGGCGUUCAAGGACGGAAAAACCGGGCGUAGCCUGACGUUGAAAAACACGCUCAAACCGGUUUUAAUCCCCUGCUACGAUCUCACCAGUACGGCGCCGUUUCUAUUCUCCCGAGCCGAUGCACUCGAAACCGACAGCUACGACUUCAAUCUCUGGGAGGUAUGUUUAGCCACGUCAGCUGAACCGGGGGUAUCCGACCCGGUUUGCAUGAAAUCGAUAGACGGGUCGACCCGGUGCGUGGGCGUGGACGGCGGGUUGGUGAUGAAUAACCCGACGGCGGCGGCCAUCACGCACGUGCUGCAUAACAAGCAGGAAUUUCCGUUCGUGAGAGGGGUGGAGGAUAUUUUGGUACUUUCAGUCGGGGCAGGCGGGCAGCUGACGGAGGGCAGCUUUGACUACGAGCAGGUCAAGAAAUGGACGGCUAAGGAUUGGGCUCGGCCGUUGGCUCGGAUUUCCGGCGACGGCUCGGCUGAGCUGGUUGACCACGCCGUGGCUAUGGCUUUCGGCCAUAGCCGUAGCAGCAAUUACGUCCGGAUUCAGGCGAGUGGUUCGAGCGUUGACCAGUGUGGGGCGAACGUGGACUCGGAUCCAAGCCCGAGCAAUAUUGAGAUGCUGAUGGGGAAAUCGGAAGAGAUGCUGAAGCAGAAGAAUGUGGAGUCUGUUUUAUUCGGUGGUAAAAGAAUCGGAGAGCAAAGCAACUUUGAGAAGCUCGAUUGGUUCGCCGAGCAACUUGUGCUCGAACAUCAGAGGAGGAGUUGCCGAAUAGCUCCCACUGUUGCAUUCAAGCAAGCCGCCAAUCAAAAGCCCUGUUGAAAAACGAACCCUCGGAAAACUCGACUUUCUAAACAAAACAAAAAAACUCGAUUUCAGCAGAAGCAUAAUAAAAAUGGUAAAGGUGUUUGAACUGGACAUAAUAAGAACAAAAAAAAAAAGUGGAAAAUGGAUGUAUUUUAGUAAUAUAAAUAUAAAUAUAAUUAAUAUAAAUAUAAAUAUAAAUAUAAAUAGGAAAAUUAUGAGAGGAGAAGUGGGGUUUGAGUGAAAAGGGCAUUAAUAGUUUAUAUUGUAAAAAGUGGUGGUGGAUCUUGGUGGGAUUCUUUGCCGGCCAGAGGCGGAGCAUGGUGGUAGCCACCAUAUAUAUGGAGGUCAAAGGAAAAGUUGCUCUCAUUUGACUUCCCUGAAAUGUAUUGGUGGUGGUGGACUACCAUUUAAAGAAAACCCUAUAUAUAUAUUUUUAGCCAAUUUCUUGGUCUAUCUUUUUUGAAUUUUUUUAACUUUUUUCUUUCUUUUUCUUUUAUAUUUUUAUAAUUGUUAUUCGAGCGGUGGAGAAGAAGACAUGGAGUCGAACUGAGUAUGUUGGAAUCUUCACUUGUAGAAACCAUCAAUAUAUAUAUAUAUAUUUUUUUUUUUGUUGCAAUUUUUUUUAGCAAGAAUACAUUUCGGAAUAUGUAAUUUGUGUAUCUAAGGAUUUGGUAGAUUGCUAAAUGAUUUUAUAAAUGAUUUAUAAUUGUUACAUUUUAA